AUGCUCGCCUUUGUUGCUUGCAUUAGGACAACCUAUCCAUAUAGGUAUCCAGUUUAUCGCUAUGACUUAAACGAGGAAGAAGACGAGAACUGGAAGAAGGUCUUCCAUACAAGAUAUGGUGACUUCGAGCUCGACUUCGACUGGAACUCUGCUGAAGAGGAAGACGAGAACUGGAAGAAGAUCUUCCACACAAGAUAUGGUGACUUCGAACUUGAUUUUGACUGGAACUCCGCUGAAGAAGAAGAAGAUGAGAACUGGAAGAAGAUCUUCUAUACAAAGUAUGGCGAUUUCGAACUUGACUUCGACUGGAACUCUGCUGAAGAAGAAGAAGACGAAAACUGGAAGAAGAUCUUCCAUACAAAGUAUGGCGACUUCGAACUCGAUUUCGACUGGAACAGUGAAGAGGAAGAAGAUGAGAACUGGAAGAAGGUCUUCCACACAAAGUAUGGCGACUUCGAACUCGAUUUCGACUGGAACGGCUACGAGUACAACGAAGAAGAGUACGAUGAUGACAACCUCAGAUUCGGCAUUUACUACCACCUUCCAAAGGGCUGGGGCAAGCUCGGUCUCUCAUAUGAACGCAAUGAAGAGGAAUAUGAUGACGACAACCUCAGAUUAGGCCUUUACUACCGCCUUCCAAAGUCAUGGGGCAAGAUUGGCAUCUCAUACGAACGCAAUGAGGAAGAAUACGACGAUGACAACCUCAGACUCGGCCUCUACUACCAUCUUCCAAAGUCCUGGGGCAAGAUCGGUAUCUCCUACGAGCGUAACGAAGAGGAAUACGAUGAUGACAACCUCAGAUUCGGCAUUUACUACCAUCUUCCAAAGGGCUGGGGCAAGAUCGGUCUCUCAUACGAGCGCAAUGAAGAGGAAUACGAUGACAACAAGUUCGUUCCAAAGCCAUGGAUCAUCCCUCCAUUCGUUACACCAUACUACGCCGAGUACAACGACUACGAGGAGUACGAUGAUGACAACCUCAGAUUAGGUGUCUACUACCACCUUCCAAAGUCCUGGGGAAAGAUCGGUAUCUCCUACGAGAAGUGA